CUCGCGAAUGGCGCGGCCGUGCUGAGACGGGGCGGGCACGAAGUCGGUUUGGCCGCAGCCAUUGGCGGCUGCUCUGUUAUUUUAUUCUCAGGGUUAGUUCUGGCUCCGAUUGGGAACGCAAGGCCGGCGGGGGGCGGGCACGGCCCUCCGGCGCCUCUGAUAGGCGGGAAAGCGGGCGGGCCGCUCCUCUCCGCACUGCUGCGCGCCGCCUCCUUCUCCCGCUUCCUCGGGCUCGCCUGUUACUGGGAACCGGGGGAACCGCUGCCGGUUUCCUGCUGGAGAACAAUAGCUGCGCCGUCACUUCCGGGGCGUCGCCGCCGCGCUGGUUGCUAGGAGAAGGCAGCCCCUCUGGCCUGAAGGGAUGAGGUCUUUUGCUGGUCGACCGGCGAGUGCUGCCCUACGUUAGGGCCGGCCGCGCCGUGACGGCGGCGCCUGGUGCCCUCUCUUCCCCCUGGCCUUCCCCCGGGACGCGGAGCACGCGGGCUGCUGGGCCUGGCGCGGGGCGGAGCCGCCGGGGCGGGACGAGCCCAGCGCUGCGGCUGGGGCGGGAGCUGACGGACGGCCCUGAAGGCGGCGGGUGGCGUUGCAGACGGGCGGGGCGGGGGCCGAUGUUUGUCGGCCCAAAACGCCAUCGGCGCGGCUGGGGAGGCUUCUGCUGGGUAUCGUCCGGGCGGCGGAGGAGGCGGCUGGUCGCCUUGCCAGUGGUAUGGGAGCCCUCUCACCAGGGUGCAUGGGCACUCAGCCCUGUAAUCGAGAUUCUGAAGGACCUGGAUGAUUACUAUGAAAAAUUUAAACGAGAGACAGAUGCUGUUCAGAAGAGAAGAAUGUUGCACUGCAUACAGAGAGCCUUGAUUCGGAGUCAGGAACUAGGAGAUGAGAAGAUCCAAAUCGUCAGUCAGAUGGUGGAGCUCGUGGAGAACAGAACUAGGCAAGUGGAUAGCCACGUGGAACUGUUUGAAACUUGUCAAGAGCCUAAUGAUACCACUGGAAACAGCGGGAAAGCCAGCCAAGACAAGUCAAAGAAUGAGACAAUCACACAGGCUGAAAAGCCCAACAACAAGAGAUCCAGGCGGCAAAGGAACAAUGAGAAUCGAGAAAAUGCUUCAAAUAAUCAUGAUCAUGAUGACAUCACCUCAGGAACUCCAAAGGAGAAGAAAGCAAAAACAUCCAAGAAGAAGAAACGCUCCAAGGCCAAAGCAGAAAGGGAAGCUUCUCCCCCAGACCUUCCUAUUGACCCUAAUGAGCCAACAUACUGCUUGUGCAACCAAGUCUCCUAUGGAGAAAUGAUAGGAUGCGAUAAUGACGAGUGCCCCAUUGAGUGGUUUCACUUUUCCUGUGUGGGACUCAACCAUAAACCAAAGGGCAAAUGGUAUUGCCCCAAAUGUAGAGGAGAAAAUGAGAAAACUAUGGACAAGGCAUUGGAGAAGUCUAAAAAAGAAAGGGCCUACAACAGGUAGUUUGUGGACUUUGCAUAGCAAAGAGAAGUAAAACCACCAAACCAGUGUAUUUAUUGUCAGUGUCACCUUUGUUGAGGUGAAAGGAUUGUAAAAUGUAUAUUUUUAAAGGAGGUUUAAAACUGAACCAUUCCUGUUAUAGGGACGGCAAUAAGCAAUUUUGUUUUUCAUUUGGUAAACUGUAACAAGAAUGUGGUCUGUGGACCAAUGUAUUCCUAAAGUAAAGUUAUAAGAGUUUAAACUGAAUAUUUGGGUGGGUCUUAAAAGAUAAAUUAAUACUACUUUUUUUCCUUCUUUGUUUUUUUUUAGUGCUGGUAGCACUUUCCUCAUUAAAAUUUUGAUGACAAAUAUCUCUGCAAUGUAAUUUUGUUUUCUUUAAUGAAAAAAUGUUACUUAACCUUUUGAGCAGAAAUUGUGAAAUAGUUUCUCCAUCUGGUUGUAUCUGAAUAAAGCUGUAGUACAUCACAAAUGUAACUUCUUUCAGUGAGAAGCAGUGCAAGAGCAAACAAGAGGAGGGUACAAUUUGGUUCCUGCUACAAAGUGUCAGUAUAACAGUUCAACAGCAAAUGUUUAAACAGGCUUAGAGGAUUAUUACAAAAAAAACAAAGGUUAAUGGUUAAAUUUUACACAAUAAAUAUUUUAUAUGCUGGCCAAGUACCACAAGGGCCAUUUUAAAACAACUGAAUAUGUUUUAUAUUUAACCAGGAAGUGGUUUAUUAAUGAGACUUAACAUAAACAAAGCUUUAUACUGUCGCAGAUAGUAGAGUAGCAAUCCUUAAUUUGUUUAAGUUGUAUAAAUGUACAUUUUUAAGUGGAGUUGCACUUACUGUAUUAUACUUGGAAAUGCAGCCAAAUGCCAUUGCAUAACCAAUGUGCAUUUCCUGCUGUAUGUAUGAAAAUUGUACAGCUGUGAAACUAAGAAAUAAAUGAAACGACUUUGACAGUUUGCUUCUUUAGCAA